AUGGGAUCAUCCAAUAAGAAGCCAUCCGGGGUUUCUUACGCCAUCGUUGUGGACAACCGCACAGCAUCAACAAAUCCCCAUGACACUAUGUCUUCUCAUAGGGGAACCCCGAAUCUGCGGACAGGUUCAGACUCUCAAGCCUCCAGCAGCACCUUUCCAAGGGUUAGGCAUGAGGAAUGUCGAUCCCCUCAGGCUGGAGACUAUAAAGUCGAUAUGCACCAUCGGUCUGAUGUCUCCAUCUAUAACCACCACGGAUCGGGACAUGAAGACCAAGCCCCACAUCCCGAAUACAGAAGCUCUAGCAAGAAGGAGGAAAAGAAAUCGUCUACUCGACGUUAG